CCAAUGGAUCACACGAUAAGGUCGCCUUUAGUUAGACCAUGUGACCAAACUCCUCCAAAGAAAAUAUACUGGUGUCCUUCUCCACGACCCUCGGAAGCUCUCCAUCAUAGUAAAACACCUCAUACUUUUCAAGAACUUCGUCGCCGUUUAGGACAGGUUUAACAUGUUCCAUGGUUGUCACCGGAGGGAGUACAAUAGUGUUGCUGGUGAUCGGGUUGAGCAGCAUCAGCUCAGACUUGUCAUCCAUAGUGACUAGCCAUCCGUGCGAUGAGCCGAUCCAGUUCUUGAUCGGAAGUUCAGGGAGCGGCAUGGUGUAGGCCUUCCGCUCGGAGAGGCUGUACAUGCCGAGAGCUCUGAGCCCGCCGGCGGCCUCAGUGCAAUAGAGUAGACAUGGUGUUUGGUGUCCAGGACAAGAACUGAUGCAGCGUUGCGCGGAGUAGGCCUUGUACCAGAUUGAGCAGACAGCGGCGGAUCGGAGGAGGUCUGGGCACUCGAGCAACUUGAGCACGUCGCACAAUAUGUCGAUUGGUAGCUCGGGCCAAUCUCGAUCUGGAGCUUCCAUCGUGGAUGGAUGAACAGACUUACAGCAGGUGGAUCAGAACGACAAGGGUUGCAACUCUGACUAGUUAUAGAUCCUUCCCACCCCGCGCCAAUUCGAUCCGGAAAGAACUGGAGUUGGAUGUGUACCAGAUCGAGCCGGAUAUGGAAAGAAAAGAAAACCAAGAAACCCCUAAUUAAUCCAGAUUGAUAUGAUGGAAUCAGAACACUGCUUAUUUACUGAAUCGGAGACCAGCCAUGGUCCAGAUCCAUGGAGCCGCCAUGACCGCGUUUUUGCAGCUCAAACUGAAUUAUAGAGCGGAUGGAACGGAGUGCCCUCCCCGGUCGCAGCACGGCAUAGAACGCUGCUCCGAGCUGGUGUCGCCGCCAAAUCCUAUUCCUAUUUGACAGGCCCAUGCUUAGCAUUUGCAGAUCGGUACCGUAAAAGUAUUAUAAGGAAAACCUAAAACAUGUCCUGCGGUACCUUGCGAGCUGCGGUGAAACAAAUCCCGUAAAAAUUUAGGCGACUGCUAGGUCGUCUUCCCCCCAACAUUACCGGCCGCCGUCCUCCUUCCCCAAUCCCCACCCACGCCCACAAGAAACCGCACAAACAAGGCACUUCCGCCGGCGAGGAAAGCAAGUCGACAUGCAUGGCAAGCGUGACCGCCGCAUCGGCGACCGUUGUCUUUCCGUCUUAACCGAUGAGAAGCAGGAUAUAAGCGAUCUGCUUGGUUACAUCCAUGGUUUCUACAGGGAGGCGCUCGAUCUGCUCCCGAUAGCGGCGAUUCCCUCGCUGGUCCCGCGCCUCCUCAAGGCCGGCAUGCCCAUCGGCUUCCUCGACCCAGUCUCCAACAUCAUCGCCAAUACCAUCGCCUACACCCCUCCGCCGACGCUCGAAUCCGACGAGGGGGUGGAGGCGCCGUCGUCGGAGUGGAUCCUCUCCAAGAUCAUCACCGACACGAACGACAAGUCUGUCUUCAGAGUGCCGCUUUCCCGGCUAAAUGCGCAUGGUAUGACCCUCGCGCGGCGGUCGCUGGACGGUCUUGUCAGCUUCCUCACCUCCCACUACCGCUACCUCAUCAGUAGGGAAGACAUGAGCUACCUGCUCCUGGCCAGGGCCGAUCUUCUCACCGCUGUGCGCCUCAUUGAGCAAGAUCGUAACAAGAGGCGCAAUUUGUUCAGUAUUACCAACAAGGUCGCCCUGGAAUGUGCUGCUGUGUCUGCAAGGCAUCCUGAACCAGAUGUCCUGGUGAAAGCGUCGCUGACUAUGGCCUCUCGCGAUGUCUCCAUGCUUUUGACUGGACAAGACCCUCUCUCGCCUGCAACCCUCGAGAGCCUCGCCGAGCUGCUCAGGCAAGGCCCUACGGGCAUGGAUCUCAACAACAUAUCACUGGAUCAUCUUCGUGUUAAUGAGAAGGACAACAAUAAAAAGAGAAAGAGAAGCCGGCAGACAUCAGAAUCCACAGAGGGGAGUAGGGCACAUAAGAAGAGGCUCGGUCCUCAGUUGACAUUCAGAUACACGCUGGCUCUGAAGCUUUUGCUCCUCGGCAAGAUCCAUGGGCACUACCUAGAGGCACUUGCCAAGCUGCCUCGGGACGGCCUGCGCAGGCAUCACCACUGCAGCCUCCUGAGGGGUGGAUACUGCUAUGGCCCCAGGGAUCCUGUCUCCAACAUCAUCCUCAACACCGUCUGGUACGGCUCUAUGUUCCCCACGCCCCAGAAGUUCGAGCUGCAAUUCAAGGUGGACAUGAUAUGCACACGCAUGCUUGCACGCAUCGAGUGCUGCUCCCUUUACGGCCUUGUUACGUUCCUUCGCACCUGUGCCCCUGAACUCACAGAGCACGACGCCAUCUGGUAUUUGUUCAGGAGCGGUGCGGAUGUACACAAGGCCAUCCGUGAGGUAAAGAAGCAUGGUCAUCAUGUGCCUGGCAAUUACCAGUACGCCUAUAUGCAAGCGGCGGUUGUUUCAUGGCACGAUGACCCUGAUGAGCUGGUCAAAUUUGCUACGUCUUCGUUGAACAUGGAGUCUGCCAAGUUGUUAGCACUAUUGCAGGGCACACUUACCAACGAUGGAGUUGAAUGCCUCACCAUGGCUCUGCCACAUAAAUCUCCACCUACCCAGUCCGAGGAGCAGGCUCAGCAACCGAACCAGGUGACCUCAAGCUCACAGGUCUUGAGCAAGAACCAGAAAAUUUUCAUUUCAGAGUUUCGGAAAAAGUUUAGGCGCGACCAAAACUUCUUUGUCAGAAAGGUCAAGGCGGUAUUGAGCGACUACUCUCAGCAAAAAGGGGUGCACUAUAAACUUCAUAUCAUUUGCGGUGUGAAUCCUAGGGUACCAGACGGACCAAGUGUUGCUCUCGUUAACAAGAAAUUCCAAUUUGAAUACUUCCAUAUCAACUUUUUGGCAACAGCGCCAAAUUCUGCUGUCGCAUCUCCAGAACUAUUCUUUGCUCAAUGUAGCAAUAGUAUCAAAGAGAGGCAGGAGAGACCAUCCUGGUGCACCCCUGUAUCGGAUUCUUCUAUGGAUAAUGCUCGAUGUUUCUCUUGUGAGUUUAAUGGGGCGAAGAUUGUGCAUCCAUAUGAUGAAACAUACUAUGGGCGCUACGAGGAUUUCAAACUUAUGGCUCAUGGUAAACAUGGCACUCAGAAUGAACUUCUUACCAGUUCCUGUCAUUCUCAUUCUGAUGUAAUGGCCACAAUGACACAAGAUUUCAUCUAUUUUUAUCCCAAUAUGGAUUCAAAGUUUGCAGAAAUGAACCCUAUCUCCAAUGUGGCUAGGAAGUUGAAAGAAUGGAAGGGUAGAAUCUUCUGAUAUGUUUUUUCUUUGUAUGAUGGAACAUAAUGUAUUAGGGUUUUUUUAGGGGAACAUAAUGUAUUAGUUUAAUAUGAUAUAUGUGAGGUGUGAGGUAGUGUAUCAUCUAUCCGAACAUGUCGUUGAAAAUGAAUACUCCAUCUGUCCGGAAAUACUUGUCCUAGAAAUGGAUAAAAGGGACUUAUCUAUAACUAAAAUAAGUCUAGAUGCAACCAUUUCUAAGACAAGUAUUUCUGGAUGGAGGGAGUAUUUGUUAUAGUUGUAUAUUUG